CAUGUUCUCUAUUUCCGGGAAUCACUCUUACAUGUGGCCCUUUGGUCGUCUUGCAUCACAUCUUGGUGGCCGUUUCUUGCUAGAGGUGCAAACACGUAGAGGAUGAUCUGUAUGAUGAUACCAAUUCAUCCUUUGAUCCUAUAAGGAUCCCUCUAUAAUGCACUCAGAAUAUUAUCCAGUAUCUCAUGCCCGUUGUUCUUCCGCUUGAGCUUCAUGAACUCAUCAUCGACCAGCUGCUUUACUCUUUCCUCGAGCUCAAGGCCUGCAGCAUUGUCUGCAAAGCAUGGUUACCACGCUGUCGAUUACACUUAUUUCGAACACUCAUCGUUCGCCCUCGAAUAUUCAACAAGGGAUAUUCGGAACCCUUCUGUUGCGAAUAUCAACAAUUCUUCACACUUGACCAUUCUUUUAUCACACCGUCCAUCGUCUUUCAUGUUCGAAGACUGAAAUUAUCGUAUGAAGUCCAAAGUCCAUUUGGAUUAUUACUGGACUCAUCGUGCGCUCCGAUAUCAAGCGCGUUGAUCCCGGUGUCCUCGAUGAUCACCAUACCUUUCCCAUUCAAACGGCUUCAAACUCUCCACAUCUGUUGGAGGUCUGUCAACUGGGGCGGUGUUACAGCGCUGGAGAAAAUGUUACAACAGAUCGAUUGUCUCCGGCAUCUAGUCAUCGAGGGACGAUGGAGAUUCUGCGUAAAAGAGGAUAUUCUCUCUUCUAUUGCUAUCCAUGCUCCUGGUCUCAAAACCCUGUGCUUAGCGAAGCUUCGAUGGUUUCCUAACUCGAUUGCAUCUCCAUUUGUCGAAGAGAUAUUAAGUAGGUGGAACGAUCGUUUCUAUGAGCAAGGCAUUCCUCCACUGCGGCUGGAAAGACUUUGCAUCACGAAAAGCACAUCGAAGAACUGCGUAGCAGAUCUGGAGAAGGUCAUUCUGCCUUCUCCAUGCCUAGAUUUGAGUAACCUCCGCUAUCUAGCAAUGCCUGCUGGUAGCCUCCAAGAAGUAAUAUAUGAUGCACGUUUUCGUACUCUCGGAAGACAGGUUACUCAUCUAGCGAUUGUGAACCUCGAUACCUCAGCAUUUAAGGUAGACAGCGGCUCUUUCCCAGUCCUUUCUCACCUGCAAUUGUACAUACGGAAAGAGCACGAUCUCGUUCGGUUCCUCCAUAUUCACGGUGCCUCCGCCAUCUCCACUCCACCUUGGGUCCGCAUGCAUAUCAAUUUCGAAAAGCACCUGGAUCACAGACUGAAAAACACAGAGAUGACUGCGCAGAGCUAUAGUGACAUUAUUGUGCAUACUUCAUCUGUAGACCUGGCACUGCACAAGUUCAUCGUCGAUUGUGAAGUCAGCAUGCAGAUUAGCGUGCAUUUCGCACACCUUGAUGGGAGGGAACCGGAUAUACAGCAUGAUUAUAUCCGAGAAAUGUUUCCGCAAAGCUUUCCUACCGGGCAUCUUGAGUGGACGGACCGCAAGUCGCUCGAGUGGUGGCUUGAUCACAAGUCGGGCGUUUGGUAGUGCAGGAUAAAGCUUUUUCGGUUGGACAGUCUAAAGGCAACUGGCGAUACAGGCUUAGACAUGGUAGAUGGAGGAAAGAGAAAACCGUUAAUGCGUUCGGAGAGCAUGCUGCACUGUAUAAUAUCUCAUGAGGUUCGCAUUCGAUGAUACAAAACCUCUCACAAAGCAUAAUCGUACAACCUCCAAGUACUAGACGACCUAAUUUACAUGUCUUCUGCACCCCAUUGAUAACUCUCGAGCUG